GGUGAUAGUAGAUCUUAAUAAGAUCUACUCAUUCUCGCUUUCGACAAUAAGAUCAUCUUAUUGUCGAAAGCGAGAAUGUGUCGAACACACUGAAGCAGAUAUAAUAGUAAUGAUUGCUGUGGAAGUCGGACACCAAGAUGUUUUGCAGCUAGUGGGAACGAUCGACUUUGGAAACUGCACUCGUAGUAAGUUAUGCGAAGAGAAAUUUUUGAAUUGGGAGCAAUCGAUGCGGCUAAGAAAUUCGUACAAGAGUUCCUUACCGUUUGCGAAUUCUGAUGAUGUCGAAUUAUUGGAAUGGAAACUGUAAAAGAAGGCAAGCCACGCCAAGGAUUAUUUGGAAUCCAUACACCAUUUAAUGCUGUUAUUUCAAGUAAAAUGUAUGUUCGUGUCGAUGCUGUCCUUCAUAACUAUGGC